GCAGCUGUUCGUGAUUGUUUAGUUUCUAGUAGUAUUCUAAGUUCUAACCUAUCUAAUUUCUUGUUGCUACAAUCUGGGUAAAUGGAGAGUUGACGUAGGUUUUAUAAAGUCUAUUUAAUGUUGUAACGUCACAUCGUUAAUCUUUGUCGUUAUCAUAUUUAUAUCAUAAGACUAUAGGGUACUUAUAAUUUUCGAAAGAGUAGCCUGUACUGUAUUGACCUCUCUAGCCUAUUCAGAUUUUAGUGCUCUGUGGGUUGGGAUGCCAAAGAAGUUUGUAGGCGAGAACAGCAAAGCUGUCGCAGCUAAAGCACGGAAAGCAGCCGCCCAGGAGGAACAAGCUAUCAGGAAGCAGAAACAAAUUGAAGAUGAAUAUUGGAAGGACGAUGAUAAGAACUUGGCUAAAAAGCAAGCAAGAAAGGAAGAACAAGAGCGAAAGAAAAUGGAACUGCUCAAAAAGAAAGCGGAAACCAAAGCUCUGAUGGAGGAGGAAGUGAGUUCGAUCAAAACAGCAGGAAAACAACCGAUAUCCAAGAUUACCCGAGCUCAAAUUGUGGCGGAGACAGAGCGCAGGAACCAGGCUGCAACAGGAAACUGUCAAAAGGCUCCGGAGACGCACAUAGAGCAGCCUCUAGAAGAGAACAUCAAUAGGCUGCAGAUAGAGGGUGAUGAAGCCAGGACUGUCGAUGAGGCCAUCAGCAUUCUCAGUUCCAAAGAUGCGGAAGUGGACAAACAUCCCGAGAAGAGGCUAAAGGCUGCGUACGCUGCGUUUGAAGAAGUGGCAAUGCCUCGUAUCAAGGAAGAGAAUCCUACGCUGCGACUCUCGCAACUCAAGCAGAUUCUCCGGAAAGAAUGGAUGAAGUCACCUGAGAACCCUCUCAAUCAGAGGCAGGCAUGAGCAUGAAAGCACUGAAUCGUCGGACUUGUAAUUAUUUUUGGACUUAUUUUAAAUAUACACCUUUUUUUGUUUCUUGAGGAUCAUAUUGUGUUAUAAAUCAUUUAUAUUGUAAGAGUUAUUUCUGCAAUAAAUGUCAUAAAACCUGUGAUUAUUACCAUGUAA